ACCGCCCCCGAUCAAGGAAGUCCGGUUUCCUGCGCCCCGGAAGCAGUCGUUGAAGAAGGUAGCAGCCACGCGUGGAGACGGCUGUGAGAGUCACCAACGUAGGAUUGAUGUUGGAGGAGGGACUGAGUCCUUACGAACUAAGACCUUUCCGCGUUCUGCCACAGCAUGGACUUCCUAGAACUGGAUGCCCAGAAAUCCACCGUCCGGCUUCAUCGCCGGGAGCAGGCGUCGAUCGAGACGAUUCAGGUGAUUGACACAGAGUACAGCCCGGACACGGUGGAAUGGUGCCCGUUGAAGGACAUGAAUCACCUGCUGGCCUGCGGCACCUACCAGCUUCAGAUAUCGGAGUCAGAGGCCCAGAAGUCCGCCUUCCCAGAGGCAAAGGCCAAAACUGAUAAGUCGGAGAGCCAGUGUGCAUUGAACACAGAUGAAGGUAUGGAUCCUUAUGUCCGUCUGGGUCGUCUUUACCUGUAUAGUUUCAAUAAGGAUGCUUCUGAAAACCCCCUUACUGAAGUCGAGAGGAAAGACUGUGCUGCUAUUCUGGAUAUGAAAUGGUGCCCUGUUCCAAUUGCUGGCCAGGCCUUCCUGGGAUUGGCAGAUGCUAAAGGAUGCAUAGAGUUGCUUAACUUGAUGGAAUUAAAGAACAACAAUUACACAUUACACCCAAUUUUUAAGAAAGCCCUGGGACAACAUUGUAUUGCAUUGUCUCUAGACUGGUCAGCAGGACAAGCCAUGAGGGCCACUGGUCAUCCCCUAAGAAUUAUUAGUAGUGAUUCAAAGGGGCACCUCCACUUCCUCGCUGUGGAUCAUUCGACGCCUUCGAUACAUAGUCUGUCGGAUUGGAAGGCCCACGACUUUGAAGCCUGGAUUGCUGCCUUCAAUUACUGGCAAACAAACACAGUCUAUUCAGGUGGAGAUGAUGGGCUUCUGAAAGGCUGGGAUACCAGAAAACAGCUGAAUAAGCCUGUGUUUACCAAUAAGAGACAUUUAAUGGGUGUGUGCAGUAUCCAGAGCAAUCCCCACCAGGAGAAUAUUCUGGCCACAGGAAGUUACGAUGAGCACAUUCUUUUAUGGGACAUCCGUAACAUGAAGCAGCCAUUUGAUGAUACUUAUGUAAAAGGAGGCGUGUGGAGACUGAAGUGGCACCCUGUGUAUCCUCACCUACUUCUGGCAGCGUGCAUGCACAAUGGCUUUAAGAUCCUCAAUUGUCAAAAGCCUUUGGAAAAGAGGAAGGAGGGGUCCUCCAUCCCUGUGUCUUAUACGUUACACAGUUCAUUGGCAUAUGGAGCUGACUGGUCCAGACUUUGUCUAACCCCUACUAAACAAACUCCACAACAUACUCUUUCACCUUCUGAUGAUCAGAGCAACUUAAAGAUGGAGAAAGCAGAUAUGUCUUCAGUCAAUCUAUCGAUUGGAAAGUCUUCUGAAACACUAGCCAGCAAAUCAGGUUAUGAUAACAGAUCUCAGGAGACUAUAACAGAGAUAGCAGACAUUUAUGUUCCACUGAUCACUAAGGAAAGCGACCCUUUGGCUGGUAAGUUAGAAGGAUUGACUUUUGUGACUAAAGAACCAGCUAGAACAAAAACUGUCAACCUUUUAGCCACAUGUUCCUUUUAUGAUCAUGCCCUUCACCUCUGGAAGUGGGAAACAGAUCAAUUAAAGCCUAAAUUACUGUGACCAGUUUUCAAAUUGGGACUUAAAAAGUUCAAACAUUUUCACAAAUUAACCUGAAAUUAAUCUUCUUCAUUCUGAGUGAAUUGUACAUGGAUUUUAUUAUUUCUUGUGAUGUUCAGACCUGUUGUAACUUUUUAAAAUAAAGUUUCUCUGAUUGUAUAUAAUA